ACAGACUGGAGUGAUGCUGCUGACGCAGGUGGACAGGCGGAGUCACUGUUACAGCGCCAGUCUCACUUCAGCCGAUGCGGCGCGUCCACGGGAGCGUCACGUCAGCACUUCAGCGAGCUCAUACGAAGCGACAGAGAGGAAAGCGAGCUCUCUAUGCCGGCAGUCUGAGGCAGCACCGCCGGUCACAUCUGAAACUCGUCAAACUGUGCAUGACAACUCAUUUCAAGGCAUGGAUUUGGACGCGGAUUGUUGUUAUUUUGGAUGACGCUUGUGCAACUUUACAUUAAAUCACAGUUUGCUGCAGACAGCCCCGCCUUGUGACACCUUGCGAACCGACACCGGCUUUCUAUUGACGGAUUUGCUGUGUAACGUAGGCUAAUGGUGCGUCCGUGUCUUGCGCACCGGGCUCUGGGCUGAACGCACGCACACGCGCGGAUCAUGGAUAGAUAGCGCGUUUCUCUCUCUGCGUUUGUCAGUGUUAUCAGCGCCUUUCUCAAUGGAUGAGGAAAUAGACACCCGCAAGAUCAACAACAGCUUCCUCCGAGACCACAACUAUGCAACUGAAGCUGACAUCAUAUCUACGGUUGAGUUCAACUCGACAGGAGAACUCCUGGCCACUGGGGACAAAGGUGGACGCGUGGUGGUCUUCCAGAGAGAGCAGGAGAGUAAGAACCAGCCUCACCGUCGGGGGGAGUACAAUGUUUACAGCACCUUUCAGAGCCAUGAGCCCGAAUUUGACUACUUGAAAAGCCUAGAGAUUGAGGAGAAGAUCAACAAGAUCCGCUGGCUGCCUCAACAGAAUGCCGCCUAUUUCCUCUUGUCCACUAAUGAUAAAACUGUGAAACUAUGGAAAAUCAGUGAGCGAGACAAACGACCAGAGGGCUACAAUCUGAAGGAUGAAGAUGGCAGGAUACGGGACCCCACCACCAUCACAGCUCUGAGGGUGCCUGUAUUGAGACCCAUGGACUUGAUGGUGGAGGCAACACCUCGUCGCAUUUUCUCUAAUGCUCACACCUAUCACAUCAACUCCAUCUCUGUCAACAGCGACUAUGAAACAUACAUGUCCACAGAUGACCUGAGGAUCAACCUGUGGAAUUUGGAGAUCACAAACCGAAGCUUUAAUAUUGUGGACAUAAAGCCAGCCAACAUGGAAGAAUUGACCGAGGUGAUCACAGCGGCUGAGUUUCACCCUAACCAAUGCAACACGUUUGUCUACAGUAGCAGCAAGGGCUCCAUAAGAUUGUGCGACAUGAGAACCUCCGCACUUUGUGACAACCACUCUAAAUUAUUUGAGGAACCAGAAGACCCCAGUAAUCGCUCCUUCUUCUCAGAGAUCAUCUCCUCUAUCUCAGACGUGAAAUUCAGCCACAGUGGACGCUACUUGAUGACUCGUGACUAUCUCACAGUGAAGGUGUGGGACGUCAACAUGGAGAGCAAGCCUUUGGAAACCUACCAGGUUCAUGACUACCUUAGGAGUAAGCUAUGCUCACUGUAUGAAAAUGACUGCAUCUUCGACAAGUUUGAAUGUGUCUGGAAUGGAACUGACAGUGUCUUAAUGACAGGGUCUUACAACAAUUUCUUCCGUAUGUUCGAUCGGAACACCAAGCGUGAUGUGACUCUCGAGGCCUCGCGGGAGAACAGCAAACCCAGAGCCAUCCUCAAACCACGCAAAGUUUGUGUUGGCGGCAAGCGUCGGAAAGACGAAAUCAGUGUAGACAGUCUGGACUUCAGUAAGAAGAUCCUACACACUGCAUGGCACCCCCACGAGAACAUCAUUGCUGUGGCUGCCACCAACAACCUCUACAUAUUUCAGGACAAGGUCAACUAGCAUGUAGCUCUGAUGUCUCCAGUUAUCAGAGCGACAAAAGGCGCAAUUUCUCUAGAUGACCUGGGAGUGGAAAGGCUGGACUCACUAGCAUAUUGAACUUGUGAGGAACAUCUAGAUGAGCUUUGCCUUUACAGCAGAUUUGAUACUGCACUGAAUCUAACAAAACAAAACUUGAAGGUGCACUGCAAACCACGGACAAUGACAAUGGCUGUUGGACUGCUUUUGUUUAUAAUUACUUCAAAUCUUCUUCCUCUCUGUAGGUUUAUUGGUUAUGCACAGCAAUACAGAGAGGAUCCUUUUACUUUUAAAGUAGCUGACGGCCCUUUCACAUGACUCAUAUCAGGGUUUGGGAGCAUCUCUCAAGCACCCUGACCACUACGAGAAAUGUUGUAGAUGCCAUCAUAGAAGGAUGUUGGUAGGUAGCAAGAAAGAGGAAAUGUGCAGAAAUGUUGCGCUGUUUACUUUCAAAGAAACAAAGGGAACUUGAAUGUGUUAUGUGUUUGAGGUUUAAGCUAAAGUUCAGCCUUUUGUAUCUUGCUGGCAUCACUCAUAUAAUGUCAUUCAAACAUGGUAAUCAUUGGAUGUGCUUCAAAAGUUCAACUUAAACACCAAGUCAAAUCUCUGUGAAACAUUUUAGCUUGACACCAUGCUGUACAGUAGGGAAAGUUGACGAGUCACGUGAAAGGGCUUUAAAGGGAUAGUUCACCCAAAAAUGAAAAUCCUGUCAUCAUUUACUUGCCCUUAAGUUGUGCCAAACCUGUACGAGUUUCUUCUGUUGAACACAAAAGAUAUUUUAACGGUAGCCAUUGACUUCCAUAGUAGGGAAAAAAAUAUCUAAUUCAAUGGCUACCGUCAACUGUCUGGCUACCAACAUUCUUUAAAAUAUCUUUUCUGUGCAGAAGAAAGAACUCAUACAAGUUUGAAAAAACCUGAGGGUGAGUAAAUGACAAUUUUAAAUUUUGGGUGAACUAUCCCUUUAAGAUAGUGAGGAAAUGAUUUAGUAUUCAACCUACAUCUGAUUUGCCUCUUGGCAGGACAGAGGAUGCAGGUGGCUUUGAUAAUUGAAUAUGUUGUUGUGGCUGAGUGCUGAGGUAUCCAACUUUUCAGCUUAUUUUCAUUUCUCAAUUUACUUCAUGAAGGUGCAUGCAUCAUCAAACCCCAACUUUAGGGUUGACUGAUGCAACAAACGAAUGGUGUAAAACAAUGUAGCAAAUGUACUAAUGUUCUGCUUUUGUUCUAAUUUUAUAAAGAAAAAGGGAAAACUGUAAUAAAAAUCAAGAGGAA